GCCAGGCUGCCUCUAGACACCCCUUUUCUUGAGAGCCGGAAGACAUUAGAAUCAGGUCCAGAAAUGGCCUUGGUGUGUCUGACAGACUUCCAGGCACAGGCACGAGAGCGGCUCUCCAAGUCAUCUUGGGAUUUUAUCGAAGGAGGAGCUGACGACUGCAUCACGCGGGAUGACAACAUCGCAGCGUUCAAAAAAAUCCGCCUUCGUCCCCGAUACCUGAGAGAUGUGUCGGAGGUAGACACCAGGACCACAAUCCAAGGGGAGGAGAUCAGUGCCCCCAUCUGCAUCUCCCCCUCAGGGUUCCACUGCCUCGCCUGGCCUGAUGGGGAAAUGAGCACAGCAAGAGCCGCCCAAGCAGCCAAGGUCUGCUACAUCACCAGCACAUAUGCCAGCUGCAGCUUUGAAGAUAUCGUUGCUGCUGCUCCAGGAGGCCUCCGGUGGUUCCAGCUCUAUGUGCAACCAGACCAGCAGCUGAACAAACAGCUGGUCCAGAGGGUAGAAUCCCUGGGUUUCAAAGCUUUGGUAAUCACAGUGGAUACACCCAUACCUGGCAACAGGCGACAUGACAUUCGAAAUCAACUGGACUUGAAGAUGAGCUUAAUGCUAAAAGAUCUUCGAUUACCCAAAGAGAGAAAUUCAAUACCUUGUCUCCAGACAUCUGCCCUUAGCAAAUCUCUCUGCUGGGAUGACAUCUCCUGGUUUCAGAGCAUAACCCGAUUGCCCAUCAUCCUUAAAGGGAUUUUGACAAAGGAGGACGCAGAGCUAGCUGUGAAGCACAACAUCCGUGGCAUCAUUGUUUCAAACCAUGGCGGGAGGCAGCUUGAUGAGGUUCCCUCUUCGAUUGAUGCUUUGACAGAAGUGGUGGCUGCUGUAAACGGGAAAAUUGAAGUGUACCUGGACGGUGGGGUCCGAACCGGCAAUGACGUGCUGAAGGCUCUGGCCCUGGGGGCUAAGUGCACUUUUCUUGGGAGACCAAUCCUGUGGGGUCUUGCCUGCAAGGGUGAAGACGGUGUUAGAGAAAUUUUAAACAUUUUAAAAAAUGAGUUCCACACUUCCAUGACCCUUACAGACGUUUCCUUGGAAGGUAGCUGUUAUAUGGAAUACUCACCCAUCUCUUCCGCUGCCCCUGAGUCAUAUUGCUCCCUAAGAGAUUCUUCCCCCAUCCCUGAGCCUCCAUAGAACCGAGAUAAAGAUCAAGGAUGUCUACUGUACAGAAGAGUUGAUUUAAAAAUGCUAAAAGGGUUUUUACAUUUUUACCUUGACAUUUUGACAUAACUGUGUUCAAAGAUGACGUGGGCACAGGCUCGUAAAGUAAUUCCCAGCACAAUCAGAAUUACAUUACUUGUUCUCUACAGAAACUAUUUUAUCAGAGUGAGUGCAAAAAUCAAGCCAGUUUUGUUCCCAUUGGAUCAUCCCAUAGCCAUGAUGGGGUGGGUUGCUGGUGUUUUAGAGAAAUGAGCUUUGUUAACUACAUGUUCUUUUAGGCUGCCGGUCAAUCGCUGAGAUCAGUCGGAACCUGAUCCAGUUCCCCAGAUUGUAAGGAAAAAGAGCUAAUAACCAGACCGCGGAGGUUGCUCACAGGAGGAAGACAAACUCACAGCAUGGUGUGCAAUGCCGUCCUGCCUGGGCCCAUCCUAUGAAGCGGCUCAUGCCUUGUGCCCUCAAACCCUCCACCCCUAUGCUUCAGGCCCUCCAAACCCAUCUUCCUCAAAUAUCCCAGGCUCUUCUUUGCUUUGCUGACUUUUAUAUGUUGUUCUCUUGCCUAAAUCCUCCUCUGAAAUAAAAGAUCUCAAAAGGGAAGAUCAA